AUGACGAGAAAGAAACUAAACCUAUCUUUCAUUGAAAAUGAUUCAAUGAGAAAAGCAAGGUUCAAUAAGGGAAAGAAAGGUUUCGUGAAAAAGAUCCACGAGCUUUCCGUACUAUGUGGAAUCGAAGCAUGUGCUGUGAUUUACAGUCCAUCCAACUCAGUUCUGGAGGUCUGGCCAUCGAACUUGGGAGUAAAGAACGUCGUGGAGAAGUUCGAGAUGCUGACAAAUAUGGAGCAAGAGAAAAAAAUGGUGAACCAUGAAGGCUUUCUCAAACAAAACAUAUCAAAAGGUAUGGGGAAUAACAAGAGAAAGAUGAAGGACAAUACGGAGAGGAUGAUGAAAGAGGCCAUGUUCGAACUUCUUGGUGGGAAGGCAGAUAGAUUUAAGGUGACUAACAAACAUCGUGAAGAUUUGUGUGAGUACAUUGAUCAGUAUCUUAAAGAACUUUAUCACCACAAAAACAAAACCCUAAGGCAAUCCCAUGUUGAAUAUGGUGAAUCAUUGGAAGCUGCUACAAAUGUCAUGGCACCAACAUCUUCAGUUGAACCAGUGAUAAAUCCAGUUGGUGUUUAUGAUCAUAAUGCAAAUGUUAACCAUCUUGGUCAUAAUCAAUAUCAACAACAAGAUGGAUAUCCGACGAUUGUGCCUCAAUAUGGAAUUGACAAUCCGAGUCAAAAUCAGGGUCAGCAAGCGGAAUGGUUGGUCUCAGAUGAUGACCUAUCCUGA